UCAUCAUCCAACGCUUCUCCCUUCACGGACCUUUACACCGUGAUCAGCCGGUGGUGUCAUCACCCGCUUGAGUCGUCAAGAUGGCGCUGAUCGGUUCCUUGGCUGGGGCAUUUGCGGGGCUGGUUUGAAAAUAAAUCCAGUUAAUUUUUGGGCUGUCCAUUAGGGCAUUGGUACUUUUGGCACCCAGCAAACAGAGAACCGCCGCAGUUGAUUCCAAAGACUGGCCAGACAAGAGGAGACAGUUGGGGUUUGUCUUCAAAUCUGUCGGUCGCUUGCUCUUCUCAAGUUGCAAUCCUAAAUGACGUUUACGUGUCUUGGAAAUAAAUGGCCAGAUGUGAAAUGUAUAUCGGCCCUCCAGCCGGAGAGAUGGAAACCAUGGUCGGAGACCAGGACCAUGACUGCUGAGACCAAAUGCAUGUGCGGCAUAUUCCAAGAUAUUAACAAUGAGCACUCUGAAAGGUUUCUAGAUUGUUCCAAUCUUUCGCACUUUGUUCAGCUUUCCCCGGAAUCGAUCCGGGCUCCGAUCGGAAAGGCAAGUACUCCGAAUCACCUCUCCAUAUGCAAUCAUAAAUUGCUCCAACAAGAUUUGGGCCCUGGCCCGCAUUGUAGUCUGGCGCCGCACAGGCGAACGGCCGCGAAUUCUUGCUCGGCAUUGAAAACCAGGAGCGGCUUAUCGAACCAUAUUAAAUCAAAAAAAGAACAAUGGAUCCAAACUCGCUCAGAAAUUGUAGCAACGAGGCCUGCCGCAAAACAUCACCCCACUUUGGCAGAAUCGUAGCUCAGACAGGCUCGCUCCUUUGCCCUUCGCAGACGCGGCUCUAGUAAGUGCCUGCACAAUCUUUACCUCGUCUUCUGGACCUGGGACCCAUUCCAAUAAACA